AUGGCAGGGUGGAAUAACACACAUUUCCAGGAAUUCAUUCUCCUUGGACUUACUGAUAACCCAAAGCUCCAGAUCAUUCUCUUUGUUCUCUUCUUUCUCUUUUACAUUGUCACCCUUUUAGGUAACAUUGGCAUCAUUGUGGCUGUUAGAUUAGACUCACGCCUCCACAAACCUAUGUAUUUUUUUCUCAACAAUUUGUCCUUCUUAGAUCUUUGUUUCUCAACCACCAUAACUCCUAAAACCUUGGUUACCUUUCUGUCAGAAACAAAGACCAUAAGUUACUAUGAGUGUGCUCUGCAAAUGUAUUUCUUUGCUGCCUCAGCAACAAUUGAGUGUUUCCUACUGGGAGUAAUGGCCUAUGAUCGCUAUGUUGCUAUUUGCAAGCCAUUGCUGUACUCGGUUAUUAUGAGUAAGCGGCUCUGUGUACAACUGGUCUUAGCAUCUUAUAUUCUGGGUUACCUCAAUGCAACACUUCAUACAAUUUGUACUUUUCGACUGCCGUUUUGUAAGACCAACAAGAUAGAUCAUUUUUAUUGUGAUGUCCCACCACUCCUCAAGCUUUCAUGUACUAAAACCACAAUGAAUGAAAUACUAAUGUUUAUAUUUGGUGGAUUUGCUGAAACUAGUUCACUCACUACCAUCAUGGUUUCCUACAGUUACAUCAUAUCCACUAUACUGAGGAUUCGCUCUUCAGAUGGAAGAAAGAAAGCUUUCUCUACAUGUGCAUCUCACCUAGUGGCAGUCACAAUAUUCUAUAGCACUGUCCUCUUUAUGUACUUGCGCCCUGCCUCUGCUUAUACUAUGAGCCAGGACAGAAUUGCUUCUGUGUUCUACAGUGUUCUUAUCCCAAUGCUCAACCCUCUCAUCUAUAGCUUGAGGAAUAAUGAAGUGCACAUCUCCUUAUAA